AACUACUUUCAUUAAUCCUCAUGCCUGCAACCAAAACCUCCAUGAAAGAGACUCCCAGUUUAAAACGCAGCUCAACUGCUUUCCCCCAAAAUAAUAUUAAUUUAAUUGAGGAGUAGUAAUCGAUCCAUUUGUUUUAUUACUUCAAAAAAAUAUGCAAAGCGAGAUCCACAACACCAUUGAAGAAGAGAAAAAAUGAUCGUGUUUCCGUUGUAUCUCUCCUACAGCUAUCUACUGAUCUGCUACGCCGGCGUUCACUUAGCAUCUGCCGCCGUCGGCAAGAACAUUUUCCUCUUAUCCGGUCAGAGCAACAUGUCUGGUCGAGGUGGGGUCGUGAAUUCCACAUGGGACGGCUACAUCCCACCUGAAUCUUCACCUAACCCCGCCAUCCUCCGUCUCACCGCCAACCUCACCUGGGAACCCGCGGCGGAGCCUAUCCACCGAGACAUUGACAUUGCAAAAGUAUGCGGUGUUGGUCCUGGAAUGGCAUUCGCGAAUUACUUGUUGAGAAAGAAUCCGAGCAUUGGAGUGGUGGGGCUGGUUCCUUGUGCGAUUGGAGGGACGAAUAUCAGCGAGUGGGUUCGUGGUGGGUAUCUUUACAAGCAGAUGAUGAGGCGGGCGGCGGCGGCGGUGGCCGGAGGAGGCACCAUCCGUGGGUUGCUAUGGUAUCAAGGGGAAAGUGAUACGCUCACUCUUGAAGAUGCCGAAGCGUACAAGAACAGAUUGCGUCGUUUUUUCUUUGAUGUGCGUGAGGAUCUUCGUUUGCCUGUUCUUCCCAUAGUUCAGGUAGCACUGGCAUCUGAAUCUGGGCCAUACACAAUUGUGGUGAGAGAGGCCCAAUUAGAAAUGAAGUUGGCUAAUCUAAAGACUGUUGAUGCAAUGGGUUUAAGCUUGCAACAACCAGAAAAUUUGCAUCUUACCACACCAUCUCAAGUAUCUCUUGGAAAGAUUUUAACUAAAUCCUUCCUCCAAGUUUGUCAUUACCACAACUUGUAAACAAUUCUUACAACAAAUUGAACAUUAUUAUUGAUUAUUAUGUCGUUAAUAUGAGUAGAUGUAGACUGAUGAGUUAAAAGGUUUGUAUUUUACUUUUCUUCAAAAAAAAAAUCACAAGAAAUUAUGGUACACAUUAAAUCUUGUAUUUAUUUUGUAAGUUUGAAUAACGAAUAUCUAUAAAAGAAUAUUAAUAAUAAAAAUGUGGCAUUGCUUUGAAA